AUGUGCGCCAACUGUACUCUAAAACCACUAAAACUUGGCCAUGCUUUCUCUCAUUCAAAUCGAUUAUACAACAAGGAACUGCAAACUAAAAUACAGCAAAGAACUACAAAAACCUUGGAAGAUUCAGUUGGUCUUAUAUUACAACAACUUAAAAAAUUAGAAAAAUCAAACGAAGCACCAACAGGAUCAAUAUCAACAGCACCCCUGGCAAAUAUUUCAGAAGCACCAACGGGAUCUGCAUCAAAAGCACCAUUGGCAGUUGUGUCAGCAGCACCCCUGGCAAAUAUUUCAGAAGCACCAACGGGAUCUGCAUCAAAAGCACCAUUGGCAGUUGUGUCAGCAGCACCCCUGGCAAAUAUUUCAGAAGCACCAACAGGAUCUGCAUCAAAAGCACCAUUGGCAGUUGUGUCAGCACCCCUUGCAGUUAUUUCUGAAGCACCAUUGGCAUCAGUGUCAGCAACACAUUCUUCAGUUGCAACAGCAUCUUGGGAGAGUUUCCUUUUAUAUCGCUCCCAGCACCCAGGCCCAUUAUCACAGAGGGCCUUCUUCCGGUGGUGCCAAUAUGGGGGAGAUGAUCCCUCCUUUAGAUGGAGGAGACAGACCCCAUAUGGGGCCACCGGUAGGAGGAGUGGUGCUGGGAGGCAGAAUGACCAAAGGUCAAACAUUAUGAAUUUUUAUCAGUAGUUUUUUUUUUUUUUUUUUUGUGUUAAUUUAUUUAUUUGUUGUAAAUAUAUCUUUACGUUUCAAAAAAGUUGUUUUUUAGUUUCGAUUUUUGCAAGUAUUUUUAUUUAUUUUUGAUAUUUUAAUUUUUUAAUUUUAUAUUUAUUGAUUUUUAUUUCUGAUUUGAGAGUCUAAACUUUCAAAACAACUCUUAUGUGGUUAAAUGUUAAAUAAUUUGUCUAUUAAUUUUUAUUUAUUUCAUAUAGUUUUUGAUUUCUUGAUAGUAAAUAUUUUGUAAUUUAGUUACAAUUUUUUCUUAUUCUAUUUGUUUGUUUUAUAUGCCUAAUUGUUGCAUUAUACACAUAUUAAUGUUUAUAUUAUUCUCUUUAGAUUUUUAUUAUAAAAAAGUAAUCAUUAAAGAUAGCCACAUGUGAACUAUAUGAUGUUACAUGUUAGACAAGUUUUAUUUGCAAUUUGCAAUUUGGCAUGUCGUUUUUUUAUUUGUAAAUAAUUUUACUAUUUAAUUUA